UUCUGUAGUGUACGCGCCGCAAGAAUACACCGGGAUAAGAACGAAAAAAAAAAAAAUAUAUAUAUAUAUAGGGAAGACUGUAAAGGAAAUACCGCAGCCCGGUUGUCUUUUGUUUUGGGAAUUCAUCUAACACAGAACGGAAGACUAACAUGGGGAGAUGGUUCUUCAGGAUUGACUUUCAAUAACCCUCUCUCCAUGCGAAAAAGUCUAGCGAGUAGACUGAAAAAGGCAAUAGCAGUCAGGGAAGACAUGUUUAGUGAUUUUAGUCCUGCGCUUGAGGUAGGAUGUUGUAUUUUCGUAAAAUAUUUUUGUCUCUGGCACAAAUAAGGGGUCAACGGUGAAUGGGCAUGUUAUUCAAGACAGUAUCAUUAUUAAGUAGUGUAGGUAAUUAGGUUAAUAAAACGAUUAAAUAGUCUAGGCCUUCUGCAGACUCAAUAUUGCUGUAACGUUUCAUGACUAACGUUGGUAGGCUAGGCCUAAACAAGGCUAUGAACCGGUGAAAAUGAACGUUAACUAAUUUUGUAUAGAAUUUAUUUGUAAUCUGCAUCGUAUCAAUGGCUGUAAGGGCAACAAUUUUUAAAGAAACUAGUAGUUAUAUCGAAUAUAUUGAUCCGAUUAUACACAUCUGAUCAUCUUUAAUAUCAAGGGUUGCAUAACAGUGGAUACAUAGGGUCAGGCUAUAUAAAACCCCAAUCGGUUUCUUACAAACAACAAUUUUGACCACAGAAAAGAGUUCGACAGAGGCCACGGUAGAAAGGAUAGGUGAAAAUUCUAGCACUAGACAGGGAACAUCAGGCGUUUUUAAAUGUUAAUGUCGAACGACGUAACAUCAAUCAUGCUGCCUGUAUCUCGGGCUAUCAUGGACCGGGAUCGAGAGCUCCAGGACACAAUGGCCGGGGUGCAUCCCAACUCGACCGGGGCUUCUGGCGCAGCUCUCCGGGGAAUGAAGCGAGGAGACCCAGCAUCUGACGCGCAGACGUCGGCAGCUCUUGUGGAAUCGGCCGGGGCAGAGUGCAAGCGUCCCCGGAUUGACGCAUCUGGAGUAGUCGCAGAGGUCGGCCAGAACAAUGACCCCCUGACCCUUGGUUACCAUGGAUACCCAACCCACAGUCAGGGCUCUCAGGAUGCAGGAGGUGGUCAAGAGGGUCUCGUCCCCCCAUCCUUCUCCGCCUUCCCCCCUCCUCCCCCUCCACCCCCCCAGAACGGCUUGGCCCUGGAGUACGGGGCCAGUCUGUAUGCCGCAGGGGCCAUCCAGGGGUCGGUGGAGGCCGGACAGGCAGGCCUUAACACCCCGACAAGUGUCCCGAACAGCUUAACCACGCAUCAGUCAGAUGUGUCGUCACAGAUUGAUACCCAGUUGGUGUGUACAGGAGGAGGUGGUGGCGGGGGGUCCGUAGGUGACGACUCAGAGAAGGGGACCCCCAAACGCCUCCACGUCUCCAACAUUCCCUUCCGCUUCAGAGACCCUGACCUCCGGCAGAUGUUUGGGCAAUUUGGAAAGAUCCUCGACGUAGAGAUCAUAUUCAACGAGAGAGGAUCGAAGGGUUUUGGCUUUGUGACGUUUGAGACAAGCGCAGACGCUGAGAAGGCCAGAGCUGCUCUCCACGGAACUCUGGUGGAAGGACGCAAGGUUGAGGUCAACAACGCCACAGCCAGGGUGAUGACCAAUAAGAAAAUGGUCACCCCAUAUUCUAAUGGAGGAGAGGGGCUCGCCGCUCUACCUUAUGGGCUAUUAAAUGCCAACUCCCCUACAGCCGGGUGGAAGUUGAGUCCAAUGGUUGGAGCCAUGUACAGUCCAGAGCUCUAUACAGAUUUCUCUGGCCUGUCUCUCUCAGUCCCUGGCUUCCCGUACCCUGCGGCGGCUGCCACAGCGGCAGCGACCUUUAGGGGCGCCCACCUCCGGGGUCGUGGCCGGCCAGUCUACAGUGCUGUCAGGGCAGCCCUACCCCAGCAAGCUAUACCUACAUACCCAGGUGUGAUGUAUCAGGAAGGGUUUUACGGUGCAGCAGACCUCUAUAAUAGUGUUUCAGGACAUUAGUGGCAGAUUGCCCCAGGUAGGGUCCCAUCAUCACGUCACUGUGUGAUCAGCCAGUGUGCAUCCAUCCUAUUACUAUGCGUUCCACUGACUGACUGACUGCUACUGGUGUUUUAUUGACCAUCCCAGAUUGAAAUGCCUCUUUUAUUUCUAUUUCUAUUACUAACUCACUGGAUUCUGACAUGGGUGGAGUUGCAGAACGGGGGAGAAAGGGAAUCGUUAUAACACGAAUGACAAUAUUACCUUCUAAAGGAAUUAGACAUAACAUGAUGGACAUUUUAAAGUUUUGUUCAGUUUAAAAAAUUAAAUAAAAAUAGUACAAUAAUUCAUAUACACAGAUGAAAACAAACUAGGAUUUUGCCAUGAUUCUUAUGCAGUCUUUAUAACUGCCACCCUUAGAUAUGAAGAAUAGCCAAAAUGAGAGGUACACAUUGCCAGUAAUGGCUGACAUGGUUUCUGAAAGUUGAGGCUGAGUAGCUUAAAGACAGGAUCUCCAGGAUCAGAGGAUCAACACAGGUCCACAGACUCUCAGGGACAUGGAUCUUCAUCUUAAUGAGUCGUUCUGACCCCUUCCUGGUAUCUCCCUAUAUCUGUUCCACCUGUGGCAUGCUAACUGAAUCAAUGUUGGCAUGCAGACACACUUAUACCCCUUUCCCCUCCUCUUCCCCAUUCUCCUCUUCUCCUCUCCCUGUAUCCUCCCCCCCCCCCCCGCCCCAGCAGAUGUGUGUGUUACUGAAUACAGGGACUUGGUCCUGAACUGAUCUGUAGGUUAGAAUGCAGUGUUGUGUUGCCAAGGAAGACAGUCUCCUCUGUUUUGAGUUUGGGGUGCAUGCUGUCCGGCGUCAGUGGUUGGUUGUGACCAUGCGAGUGUCCCCUCCCCCUUAAUUGUAUUGGCUGGCCGUCUUCUGUGUGUCCAUCAUUCGUUUUUCCCUAUUAAAGGAAUAAUGAUCCUGAUCACCUGUUUAUUCACCCCCCCUUUCUUUAACGCUGUGUUUUUGAUGGGAAGGAGGAGAUUUCACACCUGAGGUUAUGCACACUUUCUCCUCUCUUUGUCUCUCCCCCCACCUCCAACAAGACCUCAAUUAUCAGAUGAAUUGAAUGUAGAAAAGCUGUGGCACACUUGAUGCAGGGCCUAUAUCAUUGCCACAAACCGAGGCCCUAGUGUUAUUUUUUUUGUUGGUCAUGGAGGGAGACCAACGUGGGGGAAAGGCCUCUGCUACAUUCUCUGAAUGCCAUGUUGCACCAGGUGACCUGUUGUUGCUGCUUGUUAGUCUCGCUCCUUUUUUCUGCUGUUAUAAAGGAACAUAGCUUCACUCUCAUUCAUUCCUGGGGUAUUGUGUGAGGGAGUUGAUAACAAUUGACUAACAACCGCGUUCUCGCUGUCUGUCUGUCCCUU